AUGAUUGGUAGAAGCGCACGUGACACAAUUAAAAUGUUCAAUAAUAUUGCUAAUGAAACAAAGGAGAAACUCGACAGGAAUCCAUUUUCAUCAACUUAUACAGCACCUAAGUAUGAUACAAGUGCGCAAGAUUACGGUCGACCAACGCAUGGAUCUAAAACGGAAGCACGUGGUAUUAGAGCAGGAGAUUAUGUAAUGCGUGAAGUAUUAUUUCUAUGUGAAGUGAUAAAUACGCAUGCAGAAGGUGAACCACCAAAUCGAGUCAUUCGAUUUGGUCCAUUAUUCUACAUCUAUGCACAUUAUUCUGAUAAAUUAGUUGGAAUGUUAAUUCGAGCCCGAAAAUACAAGCUGGUCGAUUUUGAAGGUGAAAUGUUGUAUCAAAGACAAGAUGAUGAUAAAAUCAUACGUUUGCUGAAACCAAUCGAAGAAAUACGAAAACUUGAACCUUCCGGUGAUCCAGUUAAUUGUAUUUCAGUCACUAACAACAAUGGUGUAUGA